AUGGGGAUUUCCGGUGGUGAUGUGCCUAUAUACAUCACGCCCACAGAGGUCUCCUCUCCAACCUCACACCUUCACUCUUCUCUUCUCUUGAGCGCUCAAUCGAUGGCUGCGGCUGGUAGCGGCAGUUUCCAGAACGGACGUAUUGCCUCGAAGCGUCUCAUGAUGUUCGUGGCCUUACUUCUCGUCUCCUGCUGUCCCGGCAAUGGCUUCGGCGAUGACGAUCAUGUCGAGGUGGAGGGAAUCAGCAGCAGUUGCAUGGAGAGCGAGAGGAGAGCUCUCCUCGCCGUCAAAUCCGAUAUGUACGACCCCGGCGACAGGUUUUCUUCUUGGACCGGCAAAGAUUGCUGUGGGUGGAGAGGUGUGGCCUGCGACAACACCACCGGCCAUGUCACCAAGCUCGACCUGCGCUACCCCUACACAUACGAUUUGUGGGAUAUGUUUAACGAUGGGGAAACAAUAGGCGUGAGCAAGGUAAAUCAAUCUUUGCAAGAACUGAAGCAAUUGAAGUAUUUGGAUUUGAGCAUGAAUAACUUCUCGGGUGCUCCUGUGCCCAAAAUGAUCGCUUCACUAGUCCACUUGCAAUAUCUCAACCUAUCUUAUGCCAUGUUCGAUGGACCAAUUCCACCUCAGUUCGAGAACCUCUCAAACCUAAACUAUCUCGACCUUCACGGAUGGUAUGAUGAUGAUUUUCUACAUGUCGAUGAUCUCGAUUGGCUCUCCCGUGUUCCUUCUCUUAAAUAUCUUGAUAUGAGUUUUGUCAACCUCUCCAAGGCAAUCAAUUAG